GUGUCGGUCAGUCAUGCAGCCCUGCAGUUCUGCUCUCUGUGUCCUGAUGUUACUGACCACUACAUUCACUGUUGUGACUGAAUCAGCUGCUGCUCCAGUGAAGGUGAAGCUUCAUGACUCUGCUACUCUGCCCUGCUCUGAGAGAUGCUCUGGUUUGGUCAGAUGGACUGUGUUCACUAAACCCACUGAUGCUCUGGCUGAGUGUGAUCAGACUUCAUGCAGAUCAAAGGAGGGAUAUCAGAUGAUCCAUGAUCAGUACCUGAAGGGGAAUCUCUCUCUCACCAUCACUGAUGCUGAUUUCACUAAGAGAGGCUGGUACACGUGUGACUGUGAUGGUAAAGAUGUCUGUGAUGUGCGUCUUCAGGUUGAGCCCUUGAUAACACCACUUCAGAUAAAACCUGGUGACUCUCUGGUGCUGAUGUUGGACGUAUCAGAUCCAGUGGAGGUGAUUUAUAACAGCACAGGUGCAGCUAAUCAAUCCAGUGGUCAGAUCUGUACAGUGGAUGGACGAUCAACACAGUGUAGAGAUUCAUAUAAACAGAGAGCAUCACUAACAUCUGUUCUUGAGCUGAGAGCAGUGACUCUGUCUGAUAGUGGAGUUUAUACUGUAAUGGACAAAAGGAAUGAAGAGGUCAUUCAUAUCUACACAGUGACCGUCCAGGAUGUUCAGCCGUGUGUGUGCAGAGAUCAGGGAGCUGCUCAGUCUGGGUGGACGGUUCCACUGCGGAGUGUAUCAGUGGCUGUGCUUCUCACUGUGUGUGUGAUAUUAGUGGUGGUGAUUGUGCAGCUGACGAGGAAAAAUCCACAGCCUCCAAAAGGACCGGAUAUCACUGGAAAUACCCACGUUCAGAAGAAUGGACUGGGUAAUCAAGGGGCAGAAGAACAGCAGAGACUGGCACAGCACAGUAAUGACCAGGGAGCAGUCUAAGAUCAUUCUUGAUCAUCCUCUCUUUCUUUUCUUUCUCUUGCUCUCUCUCUCUUGCUUCUCCACUCAUGAGACAUGUAUGUGAGAGUGGUUGUUUAUAUGUACACUAUAUUGCCAAAAGUAUUCGGUCGUCUG